CCUCAGGCACACUUAUAGCCCCUGUAGGAGUGUUCUUGGGGCCUGCGGGUCAUUGGUCAACAGGACGCUCGAGCAUCUCCGGCUGUAGCAGCCGCCUCCUUCUCUGCCACAAAACCCCGCACACGGCAUUCAAGCCGGAGACUUGGCGGACUGCACUCUCUCCUCAGGAGAAAAAAGGAAAAGCAACAUAAAAAAAACUUUUGCUCGGGAGUGAGAUGGGCGGCUAUAGCUGAUCUUGGGUAACGCGAUCAUUGGCUGUAUGGAUUAUCGAUAAGUGCAGUGAGGAAUGCGUCCUUGUCAUUAAUUAUUUAUAUAUUCCUGUAAAGCGGCGGGCAUGUGAGAGAGACGCCGCAGCGGCGAGGAUAGCCCGCUCUGAACCGGAGGAGUCACCGGCAGAUGAUGUCCCGAUGUGAGAGUGCUUCCAGAGGAGACGGAGGAGAGGACGCAGGAGGAUGAAGAGCGGGGGAGAGGGAUCGAGAGCGGCAGAGGUGGAAUAUAAUGAAGUUGAGUGGGAAAGGACUGUGCACCGUCCUCUCCAGCACCCUCCUCUUCGUGUGCGCCCUGAGCGAAGUUGUCGUUGGAUUAAGAUGCGUCUCGUUGGGAUCUACGGUGAAAGCGCAUUUCCACCUCGGCUCCACGGCCGGGGCUUUCUACUCCGGGCUACUUGUGGGAAUCGGGCAGGUCAUGCUGGGAACCGCGCUGGUGUGUUGCACGGACAAGCCCGGCUGCAGGAAUUUCUUUCUCCUCGGUGUUGUGGUCUUCUUGUUGGGGGUCCUCACCGCCUUCUCUGGCGCGGUGGUGGACGGGGACACGGCUUCUCUGGUGGAGAGGAAAUAUUCCCAUUAUUGCUUCCACUCUGUGGUGCUGAACCCUGCCUGCGAGCAGCUGAGGGAUUACCAGCGGAGUUUGGUCAUCUCCACUGUUCUCAGCACGUUGGAGUGCCUCCUCGGGCUCAUCAACCUGGUGAUCAUCAAAAGGUACAAAACAGCGCAGUUUUCUAGGAGCAGACAGUGUCAGAGGCAGAGCGCCGGGGCGAUCAUCUUCAGCGAGGAGCGGGACUGCUCCUCGGCGGAUUUCCAGCCGGUGUCUUACAUCAACCUGGGUGUUUUUGGUGUGUUUGACGAGACAGGUGCAGAAGUGCAGUGCGGGGGACACCCGUCAAUCGAGCUGCCGGGAUACUCGCCCACGGACCCGGAGCUCAAUCAUUGCUUCCCUUUCUCCUACCCGCUCCCCAGUGAACUGCCACCCGCAUACGAAGACAUUUUCCCCGCUGAGGCAUGCAACACAUAGCCGCUCUGGAGCAGCCCCGGCAGCGCUUCCCUCUGCUGAGACAAUCAAUGACUUUACGCUUUAAAAAAAUCUCCCCUUCCUCUUCCUCCUCCAACAACCCAACAAAAAGCAGUAAGUUACACAGGAGGACGGCGGAGUGGAUUUUGUUUUCGCCUCAUUCCUUCUCACUUUUCUUUUACCUCUGCCUGUUAGCUUAUGUUGAACAUCACCAAUCAGACUGAUGUAGAUAAACACAUCAUCCAGGGCCAGACAGAGCAGACAGAUCAAGGCCCAUAAAACGCAACAGCUUGCUAAUAUAACAAAAAGCAGAGUUUGUGUUCUGAAUGUUUGCUGUUAACGUUUUUACCUGUGAAUAAACUGUA